AUGGAGCACUCUCUGAAAUGCAACGUCCUCAAGUGCCGGCAGGAGAUUACAGACCGAGCACUGGUGACAACAUGCAGCCACAUAUUCUGCAUAAAUUGCGCCGGACGCUCCGGCCUCGCUGGCCAGUCUGAACGCCGCAGUAGCUGUCCUGCUUGUAACAGCAACCUUGGCAACCCAGACGACGCCGUCAUUGCUGUCCUCAGUCCUUCAGAGGAUUACAAGACUAGUGUAUUGAGUGGUCUGAGUCCCAGCAUUAUCAUGGAGUGCGCUGGUAGAGCACUGAGCUUUUGGGCCUAUCAAACGACCCAGGAGAUGUGGGUGGACGCCAGAAAAUAUCUAGAGAAAACCUUGACCGACAAGUAUAAAGCGCUCGAUAUGCAUCUGGACAAGACGGUGAACGAGGCAAACGCUGAGAUCGAGAGUAUACAGGGGCAGCUGAGGGACUUGGCGCUACAGAACGACGCAAUGCGCCGAAAGUAUGACGAGCUCGGCCAGGCGUUCAAAGACAAGAGCCGUAGGCUAUUACAAACCCAGGAACUCUACGACAGGGUCAAGAGAAAGGCAGAGAUGGGGCAAAUGCAGGCAGCGGCUUGUGAUGCAGUGGACUCUCACCUACAACUGAACGUCUUCUCGGACACUCGCGAGAAAGGGAGCCCGCGACAGGCUCUCUAUGAACAGCAAGCAGACUUCAGCCAAUUUCACAAAAGCCGAGGUUCUGACAGGUCAGAGAUGCCACCGCCCCAGAACCGCGGAGCAACUCAAUUCGUGGUCAACGAUGAGCUUUGGGCAGGGCAAAACACGUUGUCCGGGAUAGGCAUGCAGAAGGCCCCGAUGAUCACACCUGUUCGGCAACGCACACGCAACACGGCGAAUAUCGGCCUCUCGGCAAUCCCCGGACUUGUUGCAGGUUCUCCAGUACCGUUAAACGGGUCGACCCGCAUGAAGGAGUUCACAAUACGAGAACAAUCAGCGGUUGCUGGAAAUCGCGAAUCCGGGGUGGGUGACCCGUCGAUCAAUUCUGCUCACCUGCAUCAUCCUACGAGCAGCAGCGCAACACCUGUGCCACGUGGUAAGCACAAUGGAUCAGCCUCGCGUGCGGAGAAGAUACCGACUGACUGCUAA